AUGUCGCAGAUAUCGUCACCGCCUCCAACUCCCAGUCAUUCCCCUGUUUUCCAGAAGGGAGGUUACCAAUCUCCUCCAUGCCUUUGCGGAUCAGUCCCAUUAGCUUCGCUUUCAGCAAAUAGUCUAGCAGAUUCACUGGGUGUUUCACCGCUCUACAAACAACAAGACUUUGCACGAUGGAAUGCAGCAGCCCAAGUGUACCAUAACUCUCGUGCCCAUUCUCCAACCUUGGACGGACAGUCCCACUCUUCUGGUGAUGCUUCAGCCGAAAAUGCAUGGGUGAAUCCGCAGCAGUUGGUCACGAACCUCAUCCACAAGAGCUCGGCCACCAGUACAGAAAACUUUUUCAGAACACCACUCUCCUUAGAAGACAUUGCAAACAUGAAUAGAAAACGUCAUGUCGAGGAAGGAGGUGUGAUCAAAAAUGAAGCUGGUGGUCCGCUAGAACUGGAGGCAAUUGCAGCCGUUCAUGAAUUGUCUCAUGAAGUGCACGACAUUAGUGUCUCUGAAAUGCUUCCGAGAACCAGUGACCUUAUAUUUGUGAAUGUGAAAACUCAAGAAGGGCAACCUUAUACGCUUGAGUUAACUCUAAAAGGUUGGCGAAUCGCCUCGUCUCAUGCUGACUGUAUGAAUGGAGACUACACUAAGGUUGAUUUGCACACUCGCUAUUUCCGCAAUGCUCGUGAUCUGUUGAGCUUCAUAUCUCCGGACCACACAACCAGGUUCAAUGAAUGUUUAGCGCACAAGCUCAGUGAAUUAGCUGCAAGUGUGAGUUCGCCUUUAAUUUUUCAAACGUUUUCACAGUUUCAACACUUUUAA